CUGACGCAGUGCGUCGGAGCGAAGGUUGUUAGGCUGCUGGGUGCCGAGUGAGGCAGUUGGUGGUGUGUCUUCAGGAGCGUCAACAUGCCUUUGGCUAGAGAUUUAGUGCAUCCAUCCCUAGAGGAUGAAAAGAAGAAACAUAAAAAGAAACGCCUGGUUCAGAGUCCAAAUUCUUACUUUAUGGAUGUCAAAUGUCCAGGUUGCUAUAAGAUCACCACAGUCUUCAGUCAUGCCCAGACAGUGGUUCUUUGUGUAGGUUGUUCAACUGUGUUAUGCCAGCCUACAGGAGGAAAGGCCAGACUCACAGAAGGUUGUUCAUUUAGAAGAAAGCAACAUUAAUGACAUUCAACUUCGUGAUUCGUCAUUAUGUAUAUCUCAGAGAGCCUUAUCUGUUCAGCAGUCCCAGUUAAUCUGUCAAUAUAACUAAAUUUUCCUUUGUAAGGUAUAUGGUAGUGGUCUGCUGUUUUGGAGUCUGUUUUACAUUAAAAUUUUGAUUAUAUGCAA